AUGGCCAAGACGAGCAACGCCGCCGCCGCCGUCGCGGUGUUGGCGCUGCUGGUCGUCGCGCCCCUGGCCAGCGGAGCCCUGUUCAAGCCCUGCGGCGUGGACCCGUCCGCGCUGGGGCCGUGCCUUCCGUACUGCGCGGUGGGCAGCACGGUGGGCAGCCCGACGCGGGAUUGCUGCGCCGUGAUGGGCGGGGCCGACGUGCAGUGCCUCUGCAACAAGAAGGACACGCUGAUCCGGAUGGCGAGGAACAAAAACAUCGACGCCGCCCGCGCCAUGACGAUCCCGUACAAGUGCGGCAUCACCAGCUCGCCGAACCCAUGCUAG